UUAGCAGCAGUUCAGCAUUAACAGUCCUUAUUUGUCAGUUACAACUUUACAAAAGUCACCUGUGGGUUCUCAUCUCGUCUGAUUUGUGCGUUCCCUCUUUCCAGUCUAUUCCACUUUACUCUCGUGCUCACUAUUUUUUGAUGUGCACUUUCUAAAAAUAGGCCUUUUCAUUCGUUUGUCACAUACAUAACCUUUUCUUGCAAAUAUUUGGGGCACCAGUCCGGAGUUACUAUCCCAUCUCCUCCUCCUCCUAAUGUGGUGUCUUUUUGACUCCUCCAACUCUCCAGAACCUCUCUUCUUGGCUAGUUAUAAAUAUGCAACCACUACUCUUUUGUCAAGCUUCGUUCAACCGCCUGUUUCUAAAAUUUUUGUCCCUCCCACGUUCCAUUCCCUCGACUCCCUCUCCCUAAGUAUCUUUGGUGUUUUGGUGGUGGCAGAGGCAGCGGAGGAGGCGGUGGCCGUGGUGGUCGUGUGAUGGUGGAGGCCGUGGAGGAGGUGGCAGGUCCUCAAGACCUUCCCCACAUCGUAAAGGGUAAAAGGACCAAGCGCCAAAGGCCUCAAUCUCCAAUUCCCUUCACCAUCACUACACAAUAUUCAUCAAGCGGAGAGGGAGGAUAUGUUAGCAAUGGAGAUAAUUGCAUCAACAAUGUCAACAACAAUACCAAUACCAAUAACAAUCACAACAAUUCCAGCUCUUCAUCAGCUGAAGAAGCCCGCCCCGAUGAUCAUGCUAGCAACGAGGAAGACGAGUACACCGCCAAAUGCCUUAUCCUUUUAGCCCAGGGCGGCGAUGUCAUUAAAGAACCACCAGCGAUAAACAAGUUUGAUCAAGCUCAGGAAUUUGGAACCGAGAAAUUUAACAGCAAGAGAUACAUUGAGGCACCUAUCUCCGGUAAUGGCAAGGCUGGGAUGUACGUUUACGAGUGCAAGACUUGUGGCCGCACCUUUCCUUCAUUCCAGGCACUUGGAGGUCACAGGGCAAGCCACAAGAAGCCUAAGAACAUGGCGGCAGCCGAAGAAAAGAAAUUAUUUUUUGACAUGUCUGAUGAUGAAGAGGAGACAAUAAUAUUCAAGAACGGCAAGAAUAAAUCCAAUUACAACAAUUCUUCUCCACUCUCUCUUGAACUCAUUAACAAUAACAACAGGGGAACGUCCAGCAAUAGCAAUUUGUACAAGUCUGCUUCUUUUCCUAAGAUCCAUGAGUGUUCCCAUUGUGGCGCUGAGUUUCCGUCUGGACAGGCCUUAGGAGGGCACAUGAGGCGCCACCGCGGGGCACCUGCUAUGACCAGCACAACCUUGUCUCUAGGCCAAUUAAGUCCGGAGACCACGGAUCAAGACUCUGAUGAAGCUGAAGCUAAUAAGAGGACAAGCAACGGUUUGUCUUUGGAUCUCAACCUUCCAGCUCCAGAAGAUGAUCAUCAUAAUAAAGACCCCAAUAAGUUUAGUUUGGCAUCAAAGCAUCAACAAAUUCCAUACCAACACCAACAGCAGAACCAAAAAGAAGAAGAAGAAAAAGAAGCAGAAGCAAAACCGGCCCUUGUUUUAUCCUCCACCCCCAAAUUAGUCCGUUGCCACUACUGAUAAGGUGCAACUGAUACAGUAUAUUUUUUUUUACUACAUCCAUCUUCUCGAAAUACUUUAGAAGGGCAAGAUGUGAAUCGACGACACUCAUUCUUUCAUUCCUUACCCUCUCCUAAGACUGUCAAACAAUCAAUUCUUUAAAUAGUGUUUACAUCCUAAUAAUGCACAAAUUGAUA